AUGGAUUUUAAAUACAUAAAUGAUAGAAACAAAACUCCAAAUUCAAAACUGAAUAAGAUAUUGUCAAAUACUGUAAGCUGUGAUAGUCCCUUUGGAGUUCUUCCAAAUUUCUCCACUCCCCCAUCAAGAUUUACGAAAAUUGUAAAUCCAUUCGAACAACAUAUAAUCGACAGUUUGCAUCUUCCAACGUUCAGUCCAUCGGUGUUCGCUAAAGUUUCAACUCCUAAGACUGAUGAAAAAUUUAAAUGGACUAUAGAUGAUAUUUCGAGCUUAAAACCAGCAGAUAUAGACGAAGCUACAAUUAGCCAACACGUUUUUGAAGAAGAUCCUCAAGUUGAAUCAUUAGUGCAACAAAAAAUAGACACAUUUUUUAAUGAAAAAGUUAUAGUUCCUAGUCCUAUGACUGAAGCUUUUAGAGUUCCUCUUGUUAUUGAGACUGACACUCCAAUCAGCGCUGUCAAAGAAAAACACUAUUCAGAAGGUGCGGCACAAACUAUAUUAACAUUACCGCCAAUACUCCCCGAUCACUUAGAGAAAGCUCUCAAGCCAUAUUUUACAUACACGCAAGAUCAGCAGAUGUCUGGUGAAAGUGAUAUUAAAAAUAACUCUCUUUAUCGUCAGCUCUUCGAGUUUGAUCAGGAGCCUAAAUCACCUAGUGACACUGAAUCAAACCAGUCUUCACCGGCUCACUCUACUGGUUUGUCUCCACUGCACCUGUCUCCAUUAAAUUCUUUAGAGAAAAGUUUAGACAAUCCUUAUGACAUGCCUGAAUUGAGGGAUUGCAAUCUCUCUCCGAUAGGUAGAAAAUCUCCUAGCGAAUCGAGAUCGGCGUGCAGAUUGAAUUUUUCCAGCAAAAUGAGUAUCGACGCUAGCGUCGUACCAGAUAUCGCUAAUCAAAUGUCCACCCAGAGUGUGUUCAUAGAAGACGAUCAUUUGCCUCAACCGGUUGAACUGUUGAGCGAUUCUACAGUAAACUGGGACAUGGAAUACAAACACGUGUCCCUGUUGUCGUCCAACAGUAGUCAAAGUUCCGAAAAAAUGGACUUGUUCAAUACCCACACCCCUCAUUCGAAAAUAUUUACUAGUCAGAGAAAAAGACUAAGCGAUAGUUUUAAGUACGAGGAAGACGAAGACAAUAAAGAAAACAAGCCGCAGGAAGAAUACAUAAGGCACAACAGAAAAUUGUUCAGGAAUGACGUGACCGAUGCAGGGUAUCACACCGAAGUUGGUACGUACGAAGAGUCCUCCAUGUUCGGUGGGCACGUUUUCGCGUCCACGCCGAGCAAGAGAAAGUGA